AUGCUAUCAAACCCUCACUUAAGCAACUAUAUAAGGUUUUUCUAGAUUAUAUCAGAUAUGGAACAGGAAUGUCUGAUUACAUAGAAAGAGAAGCACCAAUUAAAAGUGAAUCUUACACUCAAGGACAUGUAAUUAGUUAACAUGAUUGCACUUAAUACAGGUAGUGAAGGAUUACAAUUAUACAUAAGAUGCCGAUGAUGAAGAGUUCAAAUACAGUAUAAUCAACAUUUUGAGAAAACAAAAUUAAUCUCCUCGUCAAAGAUAGGGAUAGAAGAUAAGAUGUAAAUCAAGUGGAAUAGAAAUGAGUCCGAUACGUUUGAUUAGAAGAAAUUCAGUUAGUAAAGAAGCCAAAAUAACAGAGGAACAAUUGAUCCAAUAAAUAGAUGAUUUGAAUGAUUCACUUGUAAUGAUUCUAUAGAGCGAAAACAAAUGUGUAUUUUUAGUCCUUUUAAUGGUUUCGUUUAGAUACUUACACCGAUUGUUACUGAGAAAUUGAAGAGCAUUCUUGAAGUAAUACAAAAGACAACCAUUUCAUCACCAUCUACAACAACUACUAAAAUAUUGUAAGCUGAAGAAUCAGAGAAUUGCAAAAUUGUGGAUAAAUUUACUUAACUCUAUUCAGAUAUGAAGGUAUUCAAUCAUUAUCAUUCAAAUAGAAACAUUAUACAGAUUAUCUAAAUUGUCAUCUAUUAUUAAUGGAUAAUAAUCUAUCCUAUGACAAUCUAGUAUAAAGUGUCAAAAAUUUCAUUAAAAAAUUAAUAGAUGCUGAUUAAAUCACUUAUUUACAUAUCAGAGAUGAUCAAUCACAACAAACAUAUUAUUCAGCUGAUGAUAAAUACCUCAUAACAAAUGAUAAGUAGAUUUAUAAUGAAACUUAAUUGAUUUAACCUAAUAAAGUUUUACUUCUAGAUGAAUGUAAUUUCUAUCCUAUGUUGAGUGAGUAGUUCAAGAUUAAAUUGUACAAAAAGAAUUAUUUGAUCAAAUUAAAUAAUUAAGAUGUUUUUGUAUGUUUUCACAUUAGUGAUUAAACAUCAAUUAUAAGUGAAUUUCUUUCUUUGGCUGAUGAAUUUGAUAUCUUUGAAGAUCUCAAUUAAUUAUCAUCAUUUUUAAUUGAAACUAUUAAAUAAGCUAAAAUUGAAGUAUUUACUCCACUUCAACUUUCACAUAUGAUUUAAGGUAUAGGGAUUGCAUUUAUUAGAAGUUCCAAGUAUUUAUUCAUAAAGAAAUGCAUACAUAUAUUGUAAUCAAAAUAUUAAGUUGAAAUGUAAUGAAUAAACUAUUAUGUAUUUAGUCAUAUUAAUUCAGGAGAUGGUAUGUCUGUAAUAAGUAGUCCUAGUUUCUUUUAUGGAAUUUAGAAAUAAGUAGAUUUUGAUUUCAAAGAUGAAUUAAAUGUAUCUAUUACAAUAAAUGGUAUGGAUCUAAAUAAGAAGACUGAUCUUAUGAUUUACAAAUAACUGACUCAAAGUUUUAAUAAGUAUCUGAAAUUCAUAAGAUAAUGUUAUGAUCGAACAACUUUUUAUAAGUUCUUUGUAAAAUCAUAAGACACUCUCAUAUUUGAAUUUGAUAAAUUAGGUAGAUUAAUAUUUUUGUCUCGUCCUAUCCCUUUAGAAAUAAAAAAGGAAUUCAAUAUCAAUUUUGAUCCUAAGAAUACUAAAGUGACAUACUAAUAAUUAUUUUAAAAUGAAGAGUUGCUUAAAUACAUUGAAAAUUUCCUAUAAGAACAUAAUAUAUUAAGAGAUAGUGAUUAAUAAUAUUAGGUAUUUAUGAAAAUGGAGGAACGUAAUUUUAAGGGAUUUUUUAUAAUCUUUUAGUAAGGUUGGUUCAAAUAUGAUUAGAAGAAAUUUGAUUUAAAUGAUCCUUCAUUAUAGAAGGAAUUGUAGAAAUAAAUAAUUCAAUAAGAAACAAUUAGAUUCAUUGAUAAAUUAGAAUAAAAUAAUCCAUAGAUUUUAAAUUCUGUUGUUUAAAUGUUUAAGCCAAGAUCUACUUAAAGAUAAACUGUACAUUAUAGAAAUUCCAUUUUAUAAUUUGAACCUGCAAAACUUGGAGUUUAACAUAAAUGUUCAUUACGAUUAGAGGAUUUAGAUACAUUAUGUUAAGUUCCUAAUAUUGAUAAUUUUAAUUUCAAUAUUUUGAUAGUAGAGGAAAUAGUAUAAAAAUAAUUAGUGGUUGUUGAAAUAUUGAAAUAUCACAAUUUAAUUAAAGAAUAUGAUAUUCCAUUAGAUACACUUUGUCAAUUUUUAAGUGAAAUAGAGUAUAAAUAUAAUAAAAAAAAGAAUGUAUUUCAUAAUUAUGAUCAUGGUAUUUCUGUUAUGUAGAAUGUUCAUGCUAUACUAUUAUAAUUGCAUAAGACAAAUAAUGCUACUAUUUUAUCAUUAUUCAAUUAAUUUGCUUUAUUAUUAUCUGGAUUAUGUCAUGAUGUUGCUCAUACAGGGAGAACAAAUACAUUUGAAAUAAACAGUUUAUCUAAUUUGGCUAUAAGAUAUCAUGAUAGGAGUGUGUUAGAAUAACAUCAUGCAGCUAAAUCUUUGAAAUUGCUUUGUGUGCCUGCAACAAAUAUAUUAUAAAGUUUUAAAGGGGAAGAGUUUCGUAAAUUUAGGAGAAUGUUCAUAUCAAAUAUUUUAUAUACUGAUAUAACAGAGCAUUUUAAUUUGAUUAAGAAUUUUGAAUCAAAAGUAUAAGAAUCAAAUUUUGGAUCAUAAGAUGAGGAUAUUAAAUUAUUAAGUGGUAUGAUUAUACAUACAUCGGAUUUCACAGGAGGAGCUAAAUAAUUUGAAUUGUCUAAAUAAUGGUCAUUUAAAGUGAAUAAAGAAUUUGAAGAACAAUAUGAAUUAGAAGGUAAAUUGGGAUAUCCACAAUUACCAUAUAUGAAAGAUUUACAUAAAGUAUAGAAAUUAGUUAAUAUAAUUUAGUUACCAGUGAUGGCAAAAUAAGAAGCUGGAUUUUUUAAGUUUAUUGUGAGACCAUUGUGGCAAUCGAUGUCUAAAUAUCUAGAUAAUAGUUUAUAAUAGUAGGUAGAUUAUUUAGAUGAAACAAUCUAGAAGUGGGAAGAAAUUGCAAAUUCUGAAUGA